AUGUCUGAAAAAGAAAGAGAAGUUUUUCAAUUGCAAGGACUAGAGGAAGGAGAGGAGGAAUGGCAUGAUGUAAUGGAAGGGGAUAUACCUGAUAGUGCAGAGGCAGUAACUCUGUCAAUCCAUGCUAUUGAGAGAAUUCAAGGAGCUGAAACUAUAAGGGGGAAGGAUUUUCAAACUCCCUUGUUUUGCAUACAAGUUUCUGAGUCACAUCCUUCAGUAAUUCCAAAUACUGCAGCAUUCUCAAGUAAUUCUAUUACAUUUCAAGGUACUGCAGCACCCUCAAGUCCUUAUUCAGUUGAAUUGCAGUCAUUCUUGGAUGAGUAUCAUGGGAUUUUUGAGGAUCCAAAAGGCCUGCCACCUUUCAAAAGUCACAACCAUUCAAUUCCCUUGGUACCUUCAGCAUUACCUGUCAAUAUCAGGCCUUAUAGGUACCCACAUUUUCAGAAGACAGAAAUAGAGAAACUUGUGGAUGAAAUGAAGUUGAAUGAUCUUACUAUCAAAGACAAGUUCCCAAUUCCUAUUAUAGAUGAUCUUCUAGAUGAGCUUCAUGGUGCUUCAAUUUUUUCUAAGAUUGAUUUAAAAGCUGAAUACCAUCAGAUUAGGAUGAAUCCUUCUGAUAUUCACAAAACAUCUUUUAGAACACAUCAUGGGCAUUAUGAAUUUACUGUCAUGCCCUUUGGGCUAACAAAUGUCCCUGCAACAUUUCAAGCACUCAUGAACCACAUCUUCCAGUAUAUUAGUCAGCAACAAUUAUUUGCAAAACUAAGUAAAUGUUCAUUUGGUAAGGCUGAAAUUGAUUAUUUAGGCCAUAUUAUAUCAAGGGAAGGGGUAGCAACAGACCCUACUAAGAUUAAAGCUGUUUUGUCUUGGCCAAUACCAACUUCAGUCAAAGAGUUGAGGAGUUUUUUGGGAUUAACUGGGUAUUACAGAAAAUUUGUUCAACACUAUGGUAUUAUCAGUAAACCACUCACUGACAUGCUUAAGAAAGAUGCUUUUCAGUGGGGUGAGACAGCUCAAAGAGCAUUUGAUCAUCUUAGAAUAGCCAUAUCUCAAGCUCCAGUUCUAGCACUUUCAGAUUUCAAUAAACCUUUCAUUGUUGAAACUGAUGCUAGUGGGACAAGUAUGGGGGCAGUUUUACAGCAAAAUGGACAUCCUAUAGCCUUUAUCUCUAAGGCUUUUGGCCCAAGAACUAAAGCACUGUCAGUCUAUGAGAGAGAGCUGCUAGCCAUUACCUUUGCUGUCUCUAAAUGGAGACAUUACCUAGAGCAAGAGCCAUUCUUUAUUAAGAUUGACCAUGAGAGUAUCAAACAUUUAUUGGAGCAAAAGUUGCACACUAAUUUGCAAUUGAAGGGUGUUUCAAAAUUAUUGGGGCUGCAAUAUAAAAUUAUAUAUAGAAAGGGGGUUGAAAACAAAGUUGUUGAUGCCUUAUCAAGGAAAAUUGCUGUGGAUGGUCAACUUUAUGCUUUACACUCUUCAUUGCAGCCUACUUGGAUGGCACAAUUGAUUCAUAGCUAUGAAGGGGAUGUCAAAGCUGCUGAAUUCAUCUCUCAUUUGUCAAUAAAUGAGCAAGGCCACCCUCUUUAUUCCUAUAAAAAUAGAUUUUUAUUCCAUAAGGAUAGGUUGUAUGUGGGCAGCAAUGGAGGUCAUUAUGGAAUUAAUGCUACUUUUGUGAGGUUGAGCAGACAUUUUUACUGGCCUGGUAUGUUGAAAUCAGUGGUGGACUGGAUUAAAAGCUGUGAUACUUGUGCUAGGUGUAAAACAGAAACAUGUGCCUCUCCAGGGCUUUUAGAACCUUUACCUAUUCUAACUCAGGCAUGGCAACAUAUUACAAUGGAUUUUGUGGAGCAACUACCAAAAUCUCAAGGCAAUGAUACUAUUCUUGUGGUGAUUUGCAGAUUUACAAAGUAUGGGCACUUCAUUCCGUUACAACAUCCUUUCACAGCCUCAACUGUUGCUAAAUUGUUUUUAGAUACUAUUUUUAAGCUCCAUGGCCUUCCUGUUUCUAUUAUCACUGAUAGAGAUAAGAUUUUUACAAGUUUAUUCUAG